AAUAUUACAUAUAAACCCAAGCUCAGACUUUCAAAAACUUCACUCACUAACUCACUACUCAAACAAUAUACAAACUGGGCUAUCACGCGCCAUGUACGGGAACUACAGCAGCCCAAUAUACACACGCGCCGCCGAUAAUGGACAGAGCGAGUGGGGGUUUCAAUUUCAUCAUCAAGGGAUGGCGUACCAUCCCCAGCUGGAAGAUGUGCUGGAACAGCCCGUCAGCAAUAGUAGUACUGCUAGCAGCGGCUGCAGCAGCUACAGCUCGCCGAGCUCGCUGGGCUCGGCGGCAGCUCAUCAUCUUCAGCGGAGCGAGAGCAGUCAUUCCCUUCAGAAUAAGAAUAAUGGUGCCCACCGAGCUCUUUCCUCAGUCGCCGAGUUGUUGAUUGACUCGCAAACCAGCUCUGUUAGGAGAGUCUACAGCACUGGUGACUUGCAGAGAAUUAAGAUGAUGCAACAUAGUUAUCGAUAUUCAUCGAGUGAGAGCCCAAUAUCGAGUGAGAGUAAUGCAAUCAUAGAAGGGAUGAACAAAGCAUGUCGUUACAGUCCAGAAGAGAAAAAAGAGAGAAUUGAGAGGUAUAGAAGCAAGAGAAACCAGAGGAACUUCAACAAGAAAAUUAAGUAUGCAUGUAGGAAAACACUGGCAGAUAGUAGGCCACGCAUAAGGGGACGAUUUGCAAGAAAUGAAGAAAUAAUUGAAAGAAAUUGUGAUGAGAUAUUAGGUCAAGAUCAAGACGAUGAUCAGUACUAUUGGACCCAAAUCAAUAAUAAUAAUAAUAAUAAUUAUAAUAAUGGGAUUCAUGAAGAUCAGGAAGAUCAAUAUAAUAAUCAUGAUCAUGAUGAUGAUGAGAAUUGGAUUAACUUACUUGAUGCUUUCUCCUCAAAUUUCAUUCCUAAUUAAUAAGAAUAUAUAUUUGGUUUAUAUAUUAUUAUUAUUUCAUAUGUAACAUAUUAUAUAUAGCAGUACGUGUACGUACGUACGUAACAUGCAAUUAAGAGUUAAUUUCUAGUAAUAUUAAUAUUCAUGCUAUUAUUUUAAUUUGGGCUUGUAAUUGUAUGAUAUUAUAUAUGUAAUUUCUUUAAUUAAGCUAACUUGUUUAGCUU